ACCGUCCACCCCGUCCACCGUGCUGAUGGGUAACGCAUGUGAGCCGUCCACCAGCGGGGGCGAGGUGAUGGGCGCCAACUAUGGGCGGCAGUAUAAGUUCAAUGUGAUGUUUCUGUGCAACCACAACUCCUGCCGAUCCCAAAUGGCAGAUGGAUGGCUCCGGCAAUUGCGUGGCAAUGCAUCCGUGGGAGUAGCUUCUGCUGGCAUUGUUGGUGGUACGGCCGUGAAAGAGGGUGCCAUCAGCGUGAUGAAGGAUGCCGGGAUUGACAUUUCCACUUUCACUUCUGAUGCCAUGGCAGAUUUCAAUCCUGAAGACUUUGACGUGGUGAUCUCUUGCUGUGGUUGUGGCGGCAAACUCGAUGGUGACAAGGAAGUUUGGAAGAAAAGGCCCGUGUUUCAGGAUUGGAACUUAGAUGAUCCUCCUGCUAUUGACCCUGGGGACUUGUCAGCCUACCGUCGCGUUCGAGACGAAUCCAAGGCCAAGGUGCUGGAAUUGUUGGACAUGUUGAGCAAGCCUUACGGUCCGCAGUACCGCAAGAACGUGAUGUUCUUGUGCAACCACAACUCCUGCCGAUCCCAAAUGGCAGAUGGAUGGCUCCGGCAAUUGCGUGGCAAUGCAUCCGUGGGAGUAGCUUCUGCUGGCAUUGUUGGUGGUACGGCCGUGAAAGAGGGUGCCAUCAGCGUGAUGAAGGAUGCCGGGAUUGACAUUUCCACUUUCACUUCUGAUGCCAUGGCAGAUUUCAAUCCUGAAGACUUUGACGUGGUGAUCUCUUGCUGUGGUUGUGGCGGCAAACUCGAUGGGGACAAGGAAGUUUGGAAGAAAAGGCCCGUGUUUCAGGAUUGGAACUUAGAUGAUCCUCCUGCUAUUGACCCUGGGGACUUGUCAGCCUACCGUCGCGUUCGAGACGAAUCCAAGGCCAAGGUGCUGGAAUUGUUGGACAUGUUGAGCAAGCCUUACGGUCCGCAGUACCGCAAGAACGUGAUGUUCUUGUGCAACCACAACUCCUGCCGAUCCCAAAUGGCAGAUGGAUGGCUCCGGCAAUUGCGUGGCAAUGCAUCCGUGGGAGUAGCUUCUGCUGGCAUUGUUGGUGGUACGGCCGUGAAAGAGGGUGCCAUCAGCGUGAUGAAGGAUGCCGGGAUUGACAUUUCCACUUUCACUUCUGAUGCCAUGGCAGAUUUCAAUCCUGAAGACUUUGACGUGGUGAUCUCUUGCUGUGGUUGUGGCGGCAAACUCGAUGGUGACAAGGAAGUUUGGAAGAAAAGGCCCGUGUUUCAGGAUUGGAACUUAGAUGAUCCUCCUGCUAUUGACCCUGGGGACUUGUCAGCCUACCGUCGCGUUCGAGACGAAUCCAAGGCCAAGGUGCUGGAAUUGUUGGACAAAGUGAAAUGA